UAGCACUGGAUACAGGAUUCCCAGGAUGUCGGAGCGAGACCCUUCCCCAUCCAGCCAGGAUCUUCGCACUCUCCUGAAAUGGUACCGCACUGAGAUAGCUGUGGCUGUGACUGACCUGUUCCCUCUGCUGCACGGCAUGAUGGACAGAGAACUCAUUACUGAGGAGAGAUUCCAGGAAACACAGCGGGUUGGGGAGGACAGUGGUGCUCAGAAGGCUUCCCAUACUCUUUUCACGUGGCUUUUAAGCUGUGAUUUGCCCAUCAUCCAAGGCUUCUGGUCUCUCCUGUCUACUGAUUAUAUACUCAACAGCUACCCACGUCUCUCAGGAAUUCACAGCUUACUUUUUGCAGUUACAGGCUCAUCUCACCACAAGGCUCGGAGACAACCCCAUACCAACAAACCUGUAUCUCAUCCGAAACCCCAGGCUAAACGAAAAGCUGGAGCAGACAAAGACACAUUUGCAGUGUAUCCAUUGCGCGCUGGCCCACCAGCCAAAACAAAGCCUCCGCGGAAAGCUGAGAAACCUAUGAUUUUGGAUUGUCCUCUUAUACAACCUCCACAGAAAAUCCCAAGCGUAUUGCCUGUGAAUCAGAAUGACAAGAAGCCUGUGUCCUACACCAUCAGCAAACCACCGGCCAACACAGGUUCUAGCAUCGACAGAUCCAUGCAGAUGGAAAGAGAACUAGAAGCUGUAGAAAAGAACCCAACUCAUCCUUUGAAACUGACUCUGCGUCCUAAGCUUAUCUCUCAGCAGGUUGGUUCCAUUGCCCUUUCUGUUCCUGCUGAAUUGCCUCAAUACCAGAGUAAUGACGAUGAGUGCUCAGUGUGCAGAGAUGGGGGGGAGUUAAUAUGUUGCGAUGGAUGCCCACGGUCCUUUCACCUUUCCUGCUUGGUGCCGCCUUUGACCCAUAUUCCAAGCGGCACAUGGAGAUGUGAUACUUGCAAUACAGGGAGACCUAUGUCAGAUGGACAACCUGAGAUGGGGGAAACCACUGGGUUAUCUAAGAAGCCCUCACAGGAGUCUGCAGAGACCCAAAGCCAGAAGAGAAUGAAAGUCUGUGAGAUGCUAGCAGACAAGCAUGACAGCAUCAUACAGAAGUCCAACUCAAUCCAGAACCAGAUUUACCCUCAGAUAGUAGCCCAGCCGGAGAUCUGCCCAAAACCUACAGCCCGAACACAGACCUGCUCACAACAACAAAGCUCUUACCAAGCUCCCCCUCAGCCUCAGGCCUGCCCCCAGUCACUUUCAAGCCUCUGCAUGUCUCAGACACCCUUAAGGCAGUUUUGCUCGCAACUUGUGCCCAGGUCUCAUAUAAGAACCUCACAUCAGCUGCAGACCAACUCUCAACAUUUGUCUAUUCCUCAACCUUGUUCCACAUCUGGUCCUCAGAUACCUUGUACUACUCUCACCCUUCAGUCCCAGAACUGCCCUACUCCACCAGACAAUACACUCUCCUGCCAAACACCUAGUGUCCAAACUCAGCAUAGCACACCCUGUGCUUUACAGAAAGAGCCUUGUCCUCCAGCAUCAUCAGAACCUAAACUCUGCAUUCCACUUGCACCUUUAAAUGCCAUUAACUCUCCCACUGAGCCCCAGUCUGAGAUCAGUGCAAGGGAACCUUCCCAGGGCGAAGUGCCCAUCUUGCCAAUACCCAGGGCAACAGAAUCCAACUCUGGUACCUCCUUAGCUCAAGAAGAGAUGGUACCUGCACCAGUACCUCUUCAAUCUGAAAUAGGAGAGCUCAAGGUUCCAGCAGAAGUCGCAGGAAGCAACUUGACAUUAAGUCGACAUGAACUCGAAUGCCUUAUUGCUGAGAGCUCCUUUGAUUGCUUCCUGCAAUGGGCAUUUCAGAACAUUUCCCGUCCUGUGCAGUGACCAUAAUCCUGUUUGAGGAUAGCAUAUUCCAGGGCACCUUGACUGUGAUAUUCCUAAAACACCAAUGGAGGGAGUAACUGCUGAGGAAUAUAGAGGAAUUCCAUAUAGUAAUUUUAAAAACGUGUUUUAUCAGAAUUUAACCCAUAAGCAUAUAAUAUAAACAUAAACCACAUUUGUGAUUGCUUAAUAAAGUUAUUUCCUGCUCAUCA